AUGACCUUCCCUCCCCCUCACCAUUCCGCCCAGUCAUCGAUUGCUUCUGGCACCGACAAAUCUUCUUCGUCUAGACCCGAGAUUGGUGCCUGGGGUCGGUCCUCCUCACAGUCCAGUGUUCGUCGUGGGUUGACUCCGCUCGCGACCAACCUUUCCUCCUCUGCCGCCCCCUCCGCGUCUGCCCGGGGCUUGGACGCAGGCCCUGGGGUUCCAACAUCUUCCCCCCUCACCUCGUCCUUUUCCGCUGUUCUGAGCUCCACCAGGGGUCUUUCCAGUGGCCGCAACGCGCCCUCUCCAUUCACGCCGCUCCAGCCUGGCUCGUCACAACCGAGCCAAUCGAUCUCGUCGCCCAAGUCGCGAGCCCAUACCCCAUCUGGAGGGCCUCAUUUGGCGUCUGUCGGUUCCAUCACGGGUGGUGGAGGCUCCGGGGGAGGAGGUGGGCCGGGAUCUUCCAGAAGUGUGGCCUUCUCACCGCUAUCGUCCGGAACAACCGUGAACUCUCCAACCGGCUUUGAUAAGCCGGGCUCUGCAGCCGCUCAUUCGAGUCAAUCAUCCCUCACCAAGAUCUCCAUUGCGCAGGUCUUCCUCCUGCUCGAUUCUAUCACCGAAAAAGAGGGCAAAGAGAAGUGGGAAACCAAAGCUGCUCAAAUCCACAAGCUUGUCACAUCCAACGGCAUGGAAGUUUUCUCCAAGUACUUUCGCCGUCUUCUGACAGGCAAUGCGCCUCAAAUUUUCCCCGGAGUGAACAAGUCCGUCGAAAAUGCCGCCAAUUACCCCCUUCUCGUCCAGGAAAUGCAGAAAGUUUCCUCGGAUAUCGAACAGGCUCAGAAAAUCGCGGAGACGGUGGAUACGUCUGAAGGAGACAUCUUCCGUGAUUUUGACCUGUCGACCUUUCUGGACCAUUUCCGUCUCGAUCCCCUUGUGAAGGUUGCUCUCGCUCUGGCCUUUAAGAUGACCAACAAGUCCGAUCUCCGCGCAAAGGCCGAUGCGAUCCUCUCAAAUUCUGUUACCCCCUUCCUGCAGAGCCUGGCGAACCCAUCCGAUACCACCAAGGACUUUUCGACUGCCUUUCUGGGAAUGACAAUUGAGCGAUUCAUCCUAUACCCCCCACGCAAUUUCACCGACGAUGUCAAAGCGAAACUGGUGUAUGCCGCGAACCUGCGAUACCAGAAACUCGGUCUGGACAUGCCAUUCGAAGUAUCCUCUGCUCUUCAGAUGUUUAAUUUCGUCAACCCCCGAUACGUUCUUGUUCGGCAACUUCACUCCAAGGGACCUCGAGCAACCGCAAACACUGAAACCGUCACUGAGAUCAUCAAUGCGGCGGGAUCAGAGAGCUGGGGCGAGGAGCAUAUCGCCAGCGCUAUUCUCUUUAUGGUUCUAUCGCAGUACUGGCAACAGUUCUCCCUGGAGACGUUCCUUGGUGCCUUCGCUGAGAAGCAAAUUAAUUGGCCUCUCGUGUUCCGACACUUUGACCGGGAAGGCUUGCGGGUAGACCCGAAGCAGUUCUCCAAGCUGUACAGUGUGCUCUCGCCCAUUGAGAAUAUUGAUAUCCAGAAGCUUUGGGGUGGUGACUGGGAGCACCGUGACACCCAGUUGUCAUUCUUGACAGCGUUUGUUGCCUCUCGCACCGAUGCCUCCCAAAUUCCCAAUUUACGCGCAACCUUCCCUGCCGACUUCUUCGAGGAAGCACCAGAAAUUGUGAAGCUGCAAGGCGAACGCGCCGCGAAAUCACCGCUCCGCUCGAUGGAUGCCAUGAAGGCCAUUUUCGACCUGGCUCUCUUUUCUCAGGCCGCGUGGGCUGCCGCUGAAAGUCAGCUCCUCAUCAAGGCUGUGGUCCAAUUCGAUCUCCCAGUCUUCCUUUGCUCGGCGCUCGCUAUCCCCCAGCCGUGGUCCAGUGUCCAACAAAGCUUUGUGCUGCGAACCUUUAUUGUGUUUAUUCUGAAGCAGGAAGAAGGAUAUCAGCUUGCACUCUAUGGGGCUUGGCGUCAAGAUCGGCAGUGGGUUGCUGAGCAGCUCUUCACUGCCUUCACACAGGACCCCACGUCUACUGCGGCGAUUUAUGAUCAUGCUGUCGCCUUCGGCUGGCUUGACUAUCUCCUUGGAUUCACCAACGGCCUUGCCCUGGACCUUGCCUGCUAUGCUCAUCGCAAGGGUCCGUUUGACCUUGAGCAGUGGGUUCGGAACGCCUCUCAGAAGGGCCCCGUGGACAUGGGCAAACUCCUGUCGAAAUUCUUGAGGAUCAAGGCAGAGGAUGAACUCCACGUCCAGCGGAAGGAGCAGUCCGCCGCUCAAAUGGUCAGCCUGGCGGUAAAAACCGUCUACACGCUUCUGUCCGUUCUGGAGGAGUACGUCGGCGACCGUGAGAACCUCACUCCCGUUCAACGGAUUUGUAUUCAGACGUACCCUCGUUUGAUCAACUAUGGCGAAGGGUUCGACGACAUCAUUGACGCCAAUGGCGAAAAUGGUAACACUCUCCCCGAGGCCAUUGACAGGCAGAUGCAAGAUCUUUUCGGGAAAAUGUAUCACGAGGAAUUGUCUUUGAGAGAAAUGCUGGAGUUGAUGCGCCAAUACAAGUCUUCGCGGGACUCCACUGAGCAAGAGCUAUUUGCUUGCAUGGUGCAUGGCCUCAUUGAUGAAUACCACUGCUACCACGAGUACCCUCUGGAGGCUCUGACUAAGACCGCGGUUAUGUUUGGCGGUAUUAUCAACUUCCGCCUUGUUGACGGCAUCACGCUGAAGGUCGGCCUUGGCAUGAUUCUUGAAGCUGUCAGGGAGCACGAACUCCACGAUCCGAUGUACAAGUUCGGCGUGGAGGCAAUCGAACAGUUGAUCAGCCGUCUUCCUGAGUGGGCUGGCUUCUGUCAUCUACUUCUCCAGAUCCCAUCAUUGCAAGGCACACCCAUUUUCCAGAAGGCGGAGGAGGUUCUACACGAACAAGGAAACCAGGUCGGUGAUGCCGAGGCUGCACGUUUUGAAGAUCUUGCGGCGUCGACCUUGACCAAUGGCAAUCAGGAUGAUUCCUCUGCUGCUGAUGGUUCAUCCCGGAAGUUCCGAUCUGUUCAAGUUGAUCCCCCUCUGCGAUCUGAGCUCUAUCAGGAGCCAGAUGAGGAUGUUCAAGACAAGAUUCUGUUUGUGCUGAACAACGUUUCGGAACAAAAUUUGGAUGAGAAGUUGGAGGAUCUGCAAGACGUGCUGCGCGACCAGCAUCACCAAUGGUUCGCUGCAUAUCUCGUAGAGGAGCGUGCCAAGUUGCAGCCCAAUUUCCAACAGCUGUAUUUGGACUUGCUCGACCGCAUUAAUGACAAGAUUCUGUGGGCCGAAGUCUUGCGAGAGACCUAUGUCAGCGUCAACAAGCUGUUGAAUUCCGAAGCCACUUUGACCUCAUCCACCGAUCGUGGCCACCUCAAAAAUCUCGGUGCUUGGCUUGGCUCGUUGACCAUCGCCAAGGACAAGCCUGUCAAACACAAGAACGUUUACUUCAAGGGUCUUCUCCUGGAGGGGUACGAUACUCAACGCCUCAUGGUCACGAUUCCAUUUACCUGCAAGGUCCUUGUUCAAGCCACAAAGUCAACGGUGUUCAACCCUCCCAACCCGUGGUUGAUGGACAUCCUGGCUCUGUUGCUGGAGUUGUAUCACUAUGCCGAGUUGAAACUCAACCUCAAGUUUGAGAUCGAGGUUUUGUGCAAGGAUCUUAAUCUUGAUCAUAAGACUAUUGAGCCGUCCAUCGUUAUUCGAGACCGUGCAGCCCAUGGCGAAGAGGCCCUGUCCACCACCAACAUUCCCGAGGGUCUCGAGGCCUUCGAGGACAUGGCUCUCACCUCGAUCAACCAGAGUAUGCGGAACGAGAGACUCUCGCCCGCUGCAAUCAUGUCGACCUUGCCCAGCCUCGACAAGAUCCUUGUUCUGCCCUCGUCAGCUAGCAGCAUGGUGGAUCCGAGCGUUCUUAGGCAGAUUGUUCACACUGCCGUGGAACGUGCCAUCGCGGAAAUCAUCACUCCUGUCGUCGAACGCUCCGUCACUAUUGCUUCCAUCUCAACCGUUCAGCUGGUCUCCAAAGACUAUGCUAUGGAGCCUGAUGAGGAGAAGGUCCGACAUGCUGCGGGUAUUAUGGUCAGGCAACUCGCCGGAAGCCUGGCCCUUGUUACUUGCAAGGAGCCCCUCAAGGUUAGCAUGACGAACUACAUUCGGAUGAUUCAGCAAGAGUACUCUGAUCAGCCUAUGCCCGAAGGCCUGAUCCUGAUGUGCGUGAAUGAUAACCUGGAUGCUGCCUGUGGCAUUGUCGAGAAAGCGGCAGAAGAAAAGUCUCUCCCCGAGAUCGAAAAGGUGAUCGAGCCCCAAUUGGAGGCCCGCCGCCGCCACCACGCUGCCCGGCCCAAUGAACCAUUCAUUGAUCCUUCGAUGAACCGCUGGGGUCUGUUUAUUCCGGAACCCUAUCGGCAAGCUCCCGGUGGGCUCAACAAAGAGCAGCUGGCAAUAUAUGAAGAGUUUGCGCGCCAGUCACGCGGCCCAGGAUCGGCCUCCACGGAAACCGGUCGCCAGCUUCCCGACGUCCUCCAAGAAUCAUAUCCCGCCAUUCCCAACCUCUCAACGCCCGCGGAUCAGCCCGCUGUGCCCCACAGGACCCCAGCGCAGCAAGAUGCCAGACUGCAACAGGUGGGCAUGGUUGGUGCUCAGCCGCAAUUGAAUGGUUUCCUCGAUGCUCAGAGCCCUCGGGAGCGGGUCGAAACAAUCGUCUCCGACCUCCAACAGUCUGCUCGCAAUGCCCCUGAGGAGCAUAUCAAGGAUCUUGGUAGAGAUAGCGCCAUUCUCCAAGAAUACAACCAGGCAUUGCGCACCAUCCUUGCGUCGCCGAAUGGCGAGGAGCUGGCACGCCUGACCUCUUUGAAGAUUUGCACGACUUUGUACUCCCAGUCCUCGACACCCCUUGAGAUUGAGGUGCUUGUGCAUCUUCUGGCCAAACUCUGCGACAUGUCUACACUCAUCGCACGGUACACAUGGGCGCUCCUCUCGGAGGUUGAUGAUGAGCACAUGUUCAAUGUACCUGUUACCGUCGCUCUUAUCGAUGCGGGUCUUCUGGACAUUCGUCGAGUGGACAUGAUCUUGACUCGACUCAUCAUACAGAAGAAUGUGAGUGCACUGGAGCUGCUGGAAAAUCUGCUCAACCGAGUUCUCUUCAACGACGAGCCUUCCGCCUUGAGAUCUGAUUUCUCCGGCAGUCUGGAGGCCAUGAGCCAGUGGCUCGCAGAGGAUUCGAACAUCGCACCGGCUCUUGAGAUCAACCGCAAGCUUCGCGAGUCGGGCAUUCCUGAAGUGGUCAACCCGCUCCUCAGUGACCAGGCCAGGGCAAAGCGCGAUCAGAUGGAAUACAUUUUCAGCGAGUGGAUCGGUAUUUACAAGGCCCCUGGCGCUACCGAUCGCACCUAUCACUCCUUCCUCCAGGACAUGCACCAGCGUCAGGUCAUGAAUACCCAAGAAGACUCUGCUCUGUUCUUCCGCCUUAGCAUCGACAUCUCUAUCGCGAUGUUUGAACACGAAUCGCAAAAUCCGAGCGGCAGUCUGGACGAAGCAUUCCUCUACAUUGAUGCGCUUGCCAAGCUCGUGGUCCUUCUGGUCAAGUUCCAGGGCGAGAGUGAAGGCGCUGUUAAGUCCAGCAAGCCCGCCUAUUUCAACUCCGUCCUCUCACUGCUUGUUUUGGUCCUCAACCACCACCAAGUCAUGCGUGGCGAAGGGUUCAACCAGCGCGUGUUCUUCCGACUGUUCUCCAGCAUUUUAUGCGAGUACUCCAUGAAUGGGCUUCAGCAUACCGAUCAGCACCAAGGCAUGAUCUUUGCCCUUGCCGACAAGUUCCUGUCUCUCCAGCCCCGUUACAUUCCUGGCUUCGUCUAUGGAUGGCUCUCUCUGGUGUCCCACCGAGUUUUCAUGUCUGAUAUGCUCAACAUGCCGGAACGUGCGGGAUGGGCGGCGUACUGCGAGAUCAUGCAAGCCCUGCUCUCCUACAUCGGCGAGCAGCUGAAGGCCGCCAACAUUUCCUACGUUGCCAAAGACCUGUACAAGGGCGUGCUUCGCAUCCUGCUGAUUCUGCAUCAUGAUUUCCCGGAGUUUGUGGCCGAGAACCACUUUCACUUCUGCAAUGUGAUCCCAGCUCACUGCGCUCAGCUACGAAAUCUAGUUCUCAGUGCCUACCCGUCCUCAUUCCACAAGCUUCCCGAUCCUUUUCGCGAAGGCUUGAAGGCGGAGCGCAUUGAGGAGAUGCGGGACAUCCCUAAGAUUGCAGGUGACAUUGAUGCUCCUCUUCAGCAGGCGAACAUCAAGGAUGUUGUGGAUACUGUGCUCCAAAAUGACGACGUCUCAGAUGCUGCGGUCCAGCAGAUCUGCGACACAGUCACGACGACGGAAAAGCAGGAGACUGGCCUCUUCUAUGUCCCGAUCAACGUCGACACCGUGCUUGUGAACGCGCUUGUCCUGUACAUUGGCCAGCAAGCGGCGACUGAACAUGCUUCGAAGAGCAACACCCGCAGCGCAUUCGAGACCUCGACGCACGCGACUCUUCUGAACAAGAUCGCGCAAAUCAUGACUCCUGAGGCUCGUUACUUUCUCCUGAGCGCGAUGGCCAACCAGCUCCGGUAUCCUAAUAGCCACACCUACUUCUUCAGCUUUACGAUCCUGCGUCUCUUUGGUGUGGACUAUUCUGAGCAGGAUGAGUCGGAUAUCCGCCAGCAGAUCAUCCGGGUGCUUCUGGAACGCCUCAUCGUCCACCGACCUCACCCAUGGGGAUUGAUCAUCACGCUCCAGGAGCUCCUCCAGAACCGGAGCUAUUCUUUCUUCCGCCUGCCCUUCAUCCAGGCGGCACCCGAGAUCGGUCGGCUUUUUGAUGCCCUCCUUCAGCAUAUCCAACAGCAAAGCCCCCGUCCGCUGUCCUGA